CUUGAAAUUACCGUGGCCACUGGACGGGGGAAGGGAAGCUGAGAUUGGAGGGAGAAACAAUCAGAAACUGAGUUUUCAGAUAUUGUGUACAUAUGACUGCCCCUCCUCAGGACUCUGACCAUACAAGGACCCCAUCCAUGACCCACAUCUCACCAAACACCUGCAGUUUUUACUCCGGACACGUGUUGCUGUUUUAUGUGAGACUGAAGACAUAACACAGAUGCAAGUAUUAAAUUGAACUAUACUGGUAGCUCUGAGUACUCAUCGGAUCUGUCUUGAGUGCCAAAGGGAUGAAGUGUCUCGGACAGGGAGAGCCCAGCCCUGAAAAAUGUCAUCAUCCAGCUUUUGUGCACCUCUAAUGGGGCUGAGAAGUAAACCCACUGGCCAAGCAGAUCUGUGGAGGAGAGGAAGGAGGGAGGUUUCCAGGAAAUGUGUGUAUUGAUGGAUAGCCUACAGUCAGCUCUUGUAGACUGAUACCUGCACAUUCCUCUUCGCGCACACACUCAAGGUUAGACUUUUGGAGUAGCCAACAAAACCAGGCUGCUGUCAAAACCACACAGUCAUCGCUGUCACAUAGAAAAAGAGAAUAUGAUGUGUGCAACAUGGGUUUCUAUUGCCAGUGACAGUUUUGUGAAAUCCCACUGGUGACUGUGGACCGAGAUUCUCUGUGUAUAUGAGGAAAAAAAGAGUAAACAAAUAGAAAGUCGCAGUCACUACACAUGUGCACUACAGAAACCAUGGUGGUCCUUGCAGCAGCUCAUCAGCCCAUCUCAGUCCGUGAUUUCAGAAGCCUUUAGAGGCCAGGAUCAGGAACGCGCCUGCCAGCCAACACACUCAUAUGCAAUGGAAGAAGACAUUGAUGUCACAUCCCACCCUGAGGGCCUGAAUGGUUUGUCCCAUGAAUGUAAACCAUUAGAGGAGAUCACCAAUGGACACUCCAACCAUAAACCUGUCAUGAAUGGACUGAUUAUCGGUCAUAAUGUCAAAGACAACACUAAUGGCAGCGCAUCAUUCAGAUCCCUGCCGAUUUCAGCACUGAAGCAGAAUGGUCUUCUGCAGACACUGGCAGCUGGAGGAGACCAGCCAAAGCCUGCAGAGGAAAAUGCAGAGUUGGAAAAGGCCAGACAGGAGUGGGAGGCUCUGGAGAACAUCCAACCAGCUCUCACAGAGGACUCAAACCCAACCCCGCUCAUCUCCUUUAAUGAAGCCCUGCAGUACUUCCAGACCACAGACCUCGGAGAUUUGCUAAAGAACAUCCAGCCAACCAUUCGCAGGACAGGUCUCGCCGCAAUCACACACUUCCUCUUCGGACCGCCACGACUGCACAGGGAACUCCUGGAGGAACGGGAUCUGGUCUUUGCCAUCGCACAGUGCCACGUGGACAACAGCCAGACAGUCCACAUGCGUGUCCUACAGACCAUUUAUAAGAGGCUGCUUGGCUGCAGGCUGGACUGUCCUCGCUUUGGGUCGCACUGGGAAAACAUCGGCUUUCAGGGUACAGACCCAGCUACUGACCUCCGUGGUACUGGUUUCCUGGGACUGAUGCAUACUCUCUACUUUGUUAUGGAUCCAGAGACUCUACCAUUGGCUAGAGACAUCUACAAGUUAUCACAACACCCUACACAGAACUUUCCAUUCAGUGUGAUGUCAAUCAACAUGACCCGCAUCGCCUUGCAAGUACUUCGAGAGGAAGCCUUGUCCAAGGAGUGCAAUCGUCGUCAGCAAGUGGUCGGUGUGUUGAAUGAGUUCUACGUUGCCACGUACCUGCACCUGUACCAACUGUGGAAGACUCAACAGAAGACCAUUGCUGACUCUGGCUUUGUACUAAAAGAAGUGGAGCUGUUUGCCAAAAAGAACCCCAAGCAGAUGCUGCGCCGACUAGAGGUCUUCCUGAAAGAGAGGAGGGCAGGUGGAAUCCCCCGUGGGACAUCGCCAGACCCUCAGGCCCAACAGCACUCUCCCAGCCUGGGGGAUCGAAGGGCCAGAACCGGGGCAGGACAGGGAAGCAAGGGAAAGGAGAUGCACUUCACAGGAGUGUGUGAUCUACCGCCAGACAUGGAAGGAGAGGCCAGACUCAUCUAAGCUAGACUCUGUCUGUGUGUGUGCGUAUGUGUGUGCAUGUGUGCGUGAGUGCUCUUGGGUGUGUGUGAGCAGUCUUGUUUGUGAGUGGCUUACUUUCAGAGAGCUAGAAGAAGAACCCACCAGACCCUGAUCUAGGACCUGCUAUCUGUACUUCAAACACUUCCGCUCCUUCCACUGAUGCUGGGGUGCUGCACUUUGAUCAGAUGAAGCUUCGGGGGGUCUUUCAGAGUUAUAUGAUGUUUAUUUUUCUUUUGGGGGGCGGGGGGCUGUAAUUAAUUUAUUUUUUUUAACAAAGAACAGUCAAAUUUAAAGAGCUGAUGCAGGUCAGCAACACAAGAUGUCAUAAAACAACAAGAAAGUCAAUGUGUGCACUUUGCUGUGUGCAUUUAGUAGCCAAAUCAAUAGCUGCCAUGUUCUUGUGAUUCUACCUGCAUAGAAGUCUACAAUGUACACAUUUGUGUCUCUCAGCCAGGGUGUGUCAGCACUGCAGAGGCAGGAGCGUGGCAUGGAGCGACUUAUUUAAAAGGCUCGGCGUUCACUCUCGCUCCAAGAAACUGCUCCAUCACACGAGCAUGCUAAUAGCCUGUAAUGCAGCGGAAGAGCGUCAUAGUCAGGCAUAUUAUCAAACACUAGGGUGGUUAGAAAAAAAUUAACCGGUUUCAAACCCUGUCAUGGAGCAAACAAGAGCAGGUUUUCUCUGAGCAUGAGUGGAGAGCAGCAGAUAUAAUACCCGGAGAAGUUACAGAAUCUUUUGAGCGGAGAGCAGAAAUCAGCAGGAGACGCUGUUCUCUCUUACAGAGCAGGCUUCAAAGGCAGCUGGCUUUGAAGGUCUGAUCACUUUGCAUUCUCUAUUAGAGUGUGAAUUAAGUAUACGUCAUGAAAGAUGUGAAAAAUGUGCAAGAAAGGGCCCUCCAGUCCAGGUGUACGGUGGCAUAGCCAGUUGUCGGUGUCAGCUGAAAGUGGUCUGAUAGACUAGGUCCAGAGCUCCCUCUUACCACGGGGGGAUAUAUUUUAAAUAAUUUAAAAAAAAUAACUAUUUUAGUCCUUUCUGUAGGGACAGCUGUCAUAACUUCAUAGUUAUGCAUAAAAGCACUUCAGAACUUUGUUAUUAAACUUAUGGCUGAGUGACCGUGAGAAGGAUUUUUAACACUGUCCACCAGAACAUCUGAAAAUCUUCAGACUCGUGAACACUCGCAGCUUUUCGCGGUUAAAGCCAAGGAGAUACUUUAUAACGGAGUCUGUGUGCUUUGAGUGGUCCCGGCUAAAGUCGAAGGUCUGGUAUGAGCUUUCUCUACAUUCCGUUAUAAAGCAUGUGAUUGUAAUUUCUUUUUUCUUUUUUUUCUUCUUUUUUUUUGGAAAAGUUGAAAAUGUAUUCCAGUAAGUGUGUGUGUGCGUGCGUGCAGGCUUGUGUGUGGUGAAAUGAAUGAGCUGAUAUUGAUGAAGGGUGCCUCUCUUAGGAGAUGUAUGGUACAGUAUGCAAUCCCAGCUCUAACUCAAUGAUAAUCAAAACGAUAGUGCUGUGUGACGAUAGAAAUCGUUUCUAACUUCAGGGUGUGUGUGUGUGUGUGUGUGUGUGUGUGUGUGUGUGUGUGUGUGUGUGUGUGUGUGUGUGUGUGUGUGUGUGUGUGUGUGUGUGUGUGUGUGUGUGUGUGUGUGUGUGUGUGUGUGUGUGUGUGUGUGUGUGUGUGUGUGUGUGUGUCGUAUGACAGAAACUGACUACAGAUGGGGUGCUUUCCUCUGCACACAAUAAGCCAGCUUUACUAAGUACUUGAUCCAUCAAGCUGCAAAGACGGUACUUUAGUCAUUUCAAAACGGUACAUAAAAUUUCAGAGGGCAAGAUUUCUCCUAAAACAAACAACACAUCUUUUUGUUUGCCUUUUUAAAAACAGGUUCUGGAUACAUCUGGUUUCAGCGACUCUGUGGCCUAGAAUGGGUAGAGCUCCUCAGCAAAGCUGGUUCCUGCUUUGUGCUAAUGUGAAACCGUCUCCCAUCGUUGUAGUCUCAAUCUGUAGCAUGUUCAGGUAGCACUAGUACUGUAGCAUCCUAUAGCCUCCUCCUCUUCGUAAAGCUUGUUGAUGUCACGUCUCAGUUACAGUCUGUAGUGUCGACGAGUGCGCAAACUGUUACUACUAUAGCACAUUCAUUUCAUCUUUGCAUUAAAGCCUCCGUCAGUAGACACGCGUUUAGGUGGCGCAGCUGUUGGACAUAUGUCUUGGAGAGAUGUGGGAUGACGUGUUAUUGAGCUCAACCUUGUCUUCUAAGAAGGUAACAGUAAAAACGGUGCCUACAUUCAGUGGAGCCAUGUGGAGUGGAGUGCUCACUUCCUGUUUUUUUUUUUUUUUCUUAUUCUUUCAUUUGAGCCACCGUGCCACAGUAGACUUCCUCCAUUCAUAUAAGGCAUUAAACAGAGUUGAUGUGACCCCUAAAAAACACGCAGGCCUAAUG